GCCUGUUGGCUGUUGCCCAUGUAGUAUACUGCCUGUUGCCCAUGUAGUAUAUAAAGUAGCAGACUUAUAUUCACAUCAUAAACACGCUUAGCAUUCUCUGCAAAGCAACUUAUUUCCGUUUGCAAUGGAUUCUUCCAUGAAAGUGAUUUGUAUCCUGAUCUUUCUGCUUGCUUCAGGUGUCCAGGCUUCAGGUUGUUACGAAUCCAUCAUUAGUUUUGGCGACUCUCUUGCCGACACAGGCAACUUAAUUCAUCUUUUCCGAUCCAGUGCCGCCGCAAUUCCCUACGGAGAAACUUUCUUCCAUCGCCCCACCGGUCGGUACUCCGACGGCCGUCUCAUCAUCGACUUCAUUGCUCAAAGUAUGGGGUUCCCAUUUGUACCACCCUACAUUGAGAUGAAAAACGCAAGCAAAAGCAAUUUCAUAGGGGGAGUAAAUUUUGCAAUUGCUGGAUGUCCAGCAAUGGAUUCUUCAUUAUUGGCAGCCAUGGGGAUUGAAGACCCUUCUGGAUCAAAUGCUUCUUUGGGAACUCAGCUCAACUGGUUCAAGGAAAUGCUACAAACAUUUUGCAACACUCCAUCUGAGUGCAAGAAAUAUUUGCAAAGUUCUCUGGUUCUCAUGGGGGAGAUUGGAGGCAAUGAUUACAAUGGUGCAUUUUGGCAAGGCAUUCCCAUUGAAGAGGUCAAACCUUUGGUUCCUAAAGUUAUUGCAACCAUUGCAUCAGCAAUCAAUGAAGUGAUUGAAUUUGGAGCUGAAACGUUGGUUGUUCCGGGGAAUCUACCAAUUGGAUGUUCACCUUCUUAUUUAACAGAAUUUAUGAGUUCCAAUGAUAGUUAUUAUGACUCCAAAACUGGUUGUCUUAAUUGGCUAAAUGAGUUCGCUGAGUAUCACAACAAACUUCUUCAAGAAACACUUAAUCGCCUCAGAGAACUUCAUCCUCAUGCCACCAUAAUUUAUGCAGAUUACUACAACGCAGCAAUGGAGUUCUAUAACUCUCCAAGAAAAUUUGGAUUUAACAGCACCAUAAGUGCAUGUUGUGGUGUGGGAGGUCCAUACAAUUACAACAGCAACGUUGGUUGUAAACUUCCAGAAUCUACUGUUUGUGAACAUCCUUCGUCUUACGUUAGCUGGGAUGGCGUACACCUUACAGAAGCAGCUUAUAAAUGGAUAGCACAUGGCUUACUGAAAGGCACAUAUAUGACUCCUCGUAUCAGCGAUGCUUGCAUUCUUAAAGCCCCAACAAUAUCAGAUUGUAAGGAAACAAUAAUGAAAGCAUGAAAUUGAACUUAAAUCUAUCGUAGCUUUAGAUUUCAAA